AUGGCCACGUCAUGCUCCGUUCUGCAGCUAGCCAAAACAGAUUUCAAAGCAGCCUGCAAGUAUAUUGAAUCAGGCGUUGAGGUAGAAGAAAACGGAGGUGAUCCGAAAGACGCCAUCGCAUUCUAUCGCGAUGGCAUUAAGUUACUCGAAAACGCGCUGUCUAGGCCAUCAGUCAAGAACGCAAAUUUACCCAACAAUCAUGAUGCGCCCAAACAACAAACCCAAAAACCGACUACAAACAAGGCUCACAGCCUACCGUCGAAAGAAGAUAUAAAAUCUGCUGCGAUGAGCAAGCUCAAAAAAUUUGAUAAAGCUAUUCUUUCUCGGGUUUUUGACGACGUCUUGACGGAUCCCUCAGAUAUCACUUUCGACAAUAUUGCUGGCAACGAAGAGGCGAAGGAGCAGUUGAAGCAGACUGUUAUUUAUCCUGCCCUUCGUCCGGAAUUAUUCACUGGACUUCGGGAGCCUGUUCGUGGAAUCCUGCUGUUCGGUCCACCGGGAAAUGGCAAAACGUUGCUUGCGAAGGCCGUCGCCAACGAGUCCAAGUGCGUCUUCCUGAACAUCAGCGCAGCGAGCGUCCUGUCGAAGUGGGUCGGUGAGUCGGAGCGCUUCGUGAAGACGCUCUUUGCGGUCGCGCGCGCCCUCGAGCCGUCCAUAAUCUUCCUCGACGAAGUCGACGCCCUCCUGGUGACCCGCAACGCGGGGGUCAGCUCAGGCAGCCACGUCACCCAGCGGGUUCUCACCCAGUUCCUCGCCGAACUCGAUGGGGUUGGUUCCGGUAAGGAGCGAAUCCUUGUCCUGGGAGCAACCAACCGUCCACAAGACCUCGAUGAUGCUGCUCUCCGCCGUUUCCCCAAACGCCUACUCAUUCCAAUGCCCAGCGAAGAGGCUCGCGUUCAGCUUCUCACUAAUCUGCUCCGAGGCCAACAAGAUGCUGCGCUGUCUCACGAGGAUAUUGUCAGGAUUGCGAGGUUAACGAAAAACUACUCCGCAAGUGAUUUGACACAGUUGGCCAAAGAUGCCGCUCUUGGGCCCAUAAGAUGUAAGUUGUUCGCACCCACAUCUCAAAGUCUGGGUUUUACUUGA